CUUAUCUUUGCAGUUAGUUGUUUUCAAAAUCUUUGGUUUUGUCUCAGUUCCACAACUAACUGCGCCCAGAAAAGCUUCAAUUCACUACCGACCACCAUGUCCAGCGUCGUUAUGCAGUCGGAGGAACUCCUGAACCUCGGAUCACUGGCACAAACCGGCGGCUCAGAUGAUGGUGGACUUUUGAAUAUAGCUAAGCUAGAAAAGGUUAUUGAAGUGUUGGCGAUUCGUACCAUUAACCGCGUUUUGGAGCCGACCAUGGCGGACUUGGUCCGUAGAGUUGUAAGGAAGGAACUUGAAGAGGCACAGUUGAAUCUUAUGCGUAGUUUUAAAGGGAAUCCCGAGAAUGGAAGUCACACUUCCAAUCCAAUUCCAAGGCGCCUGAAGCUAAAGUUUCUGCAAAUGGUUUCUGAUCUUGUCCUCACAGGCAAGGAAAUCAAGGGUGAAGGAGGCAGUGUUCUAAACGUGGCUUUACUCGAUGACCUUACCGAAAAGGUCAUUGAAACCGGGAGUGAGGCCUCUGCAGAGAUAGAAAUUGUUGCUCUUCAAGGGGAGUUGGAUGAUGCUGUUGAAGAUAACUGGACAUCUCAAGUGUUCAACGAAUCUAUUAAACGAGUGAAUAAUGCUAACAAAUCUCUUCUUCAAGGAAAUGUGCGCUUGAAGCUGAAUAAAGGCGUUGGAAUUUUGCAAAAUGUUAAGUUCAGGCAGUGCUCAGAUUGGACAAGUAACUGCAAGUACAUGCUGGGAGCAAGAGUUGUCGGUGCAUCCAGUGGAACUGUAGUAAAAGAAGCAAAAACGAAAUCCUUCACGGUGAAGGAUAGCCGUGUCCAAUUGUACAAGAAGCAUGAGUUCCCAGAUUUAUCCGAUGAUGUAUGGCAAUUAAAAAAUAUUGACAGAAAGGGUAAAAUUUAUGAUCGCUUAAAGGAGAAACAAGUUGAAACUGUUGAGAAGUUCCUUGUUCGACUCCUCAGAGACUCUGAGCAGCUUAAAGAAAUACUAAAAAUAGCACCAAAACGUUGGAUGGAGACGGUGAACCAUGCUCGAAGAUGCAAAAUUGAUGAAAGGGUGUAUUGGUAUGCUGAUUCUCAAGAUACCGGGGUGGUUUUUGACCUUUUUGGAGAAGUGCUUGGACUUGUUCUACAAGGCCGGUACAGAAGAACAGAAGAGUUAUCCAUGGAUGAACAGGAUAACGCUCUCAAGUUGAAGGAAUCUGCGUGCAGGCACUGGGAAGAUAUAGUCACAUUCGGUGAUGAGAAUUCGUUCAUUCAACAUCUGGGCCCUUCAGAUUCUAUGGCCAUGGAGUGCCAUAAUGAUAGGGAAGUAAUAAAUCAUAGUUACAGCCCACACGAAGCCACUUUGCAGCACGUUGCACAUAGUGGGCAAGAUUUUGGUUCUACGAGCCAUAAUAAUGAUGAGCUCUCUGAUUCUCCAAUUCGCAGUCCAUCUCAUAAUUCUUAUUGGGAUAUGUGGAAUGGCUUAAUGGUUGGACACACCACUACUUUUGGGUUAGUUGCUAAUCAGCAAAGUUCUGCAAACAGUUCUGUGUUCAUACCCCCACUGGAUGGUUCUUUCCAAAAAGUGGACGCACGGAAGCGUUUGAGAAUGGUGUUCCUUAAAGUGCAUGCACUGAAGCGUUUGAGAAUGGUGUACCGUAAAGAGCUUGCAUUGAAUCGUUGGAGAAUGGUGUUCGAUGUUGUGAAGUCGUCUAAAAGGAAAAGAGGCGGUAAACCUUUGGGAUUGCCAAAUAAUCAUGCCCAGAAGAGGCUAAAAUCUUUUGAUCAAGAUCAUGCCAUAAAAUGACUCCAUGGCUAAAACCAAACUUGGCUUCUCGCUUCUCAGCUCGUUGGUGAUUGGACGUUACGCACUUGAUUGUCUGAAAUUGGUACGAUUAUCGCUACUCUGCUCCUCAUCUGAUGGUCCUGUAUGUUUCACAUAUUACCCUGAUUAUUCCUCGACAAUGCAUUUGUAUUUACCUACUGGUUAUCACUCUUUCUGCCAUCGAUUUGCUUUGUGGUUAUAUCAAGUUCCAAUCAUUUCUUGGUGAUUCUGCAAGAGGUGUUUAAGCAUGCGAUUCAAGAGGAGAAGAUGGGUUCAAGCAAGGAUUGUUGAAACCAUGAUAGGAGGAUGCUGAAAACAUGGCUUAGCUUGUCAGUGUAGUUCUACUCGUUUCGUGAACCAACCUUAGGUGUGGUUUAAAUGGGAAGAACUCAUUCCGUGUUGUGUUCCUGGGGCUCUGGAAGUCAUAUGUAUGAUUCUCUUUCUCUUCUUGUUUAUCAAAUGUGAGUUUAGCCAUUGUAUGUCUGCAUUUUUGCUGGUGGAAAUAAGGUUAAUAAAAAAUAAAUCAUUUGCUAGUCUUUAAGACACAGAAA